AUGGCGGUGGACUCGAGUACUGAACAGUCUCGUCCUACUCGACGCGAUCGCGUUUUCCGGCGAAGAAUAAGUGACGAAGUGGCUCGAACAAAGGCCUGCACCGUGCUCGUAUGUCUUCUUAGUGUAUUAAUAUUCUAUUUUAUUAGUACAUUACUGCCGGAGAACCUUGGCAGUAAACCCGAAUUUGACAAUGAAAAUACGACAGCAUAG